CAUGGCACCAACACCUCAAGAGACGGUUGUGGAGCGCCCCGUCCCCGCGCCCCGCUCGUUAUCGGGGGACGAAGUGGUCAUAAGUGGGAUGUCUGGGAUAUUCCCAAAGUCCGAUAGUGUGCAGGAGUUUAUGGAAAAUCUUUAUAAUAAGGUGGACAUGGUGACAGACGAUGACCCACGCUGGGUGUUCAACCACCCCGAAGUACCUAAGCACCUGGGCAAGGUCUCCGGCAUGGGAAAGUUCGACGCGCAGUUCUUCAGGGUGCACUAUAAGCAGGCAUGCGCCAUGGAGCCGAUGAGCAGGAAACUUUUGGAGCACGCGUAUUCCGCCAUCUUUGAUUCUGGAAUCAACCCAGAGCAAAUCCGAGGAAAGAAAGUCGGUGUUUUCAUAGGAUCUACCUUCUCUGAGUCAGAGAAAAUUGUCAUUUAUGAAAAUAUCCAGCGCCACGGCUUUGGUAUCACUGGAUGCAACAAGGCCAUGUACGCCAACCGCAUCUCCUACUGGAUCGACGGCAAAGGCCCCUCGUUCGCCCUGGACUUGGCCUGCGCUAGCUCUAUGGCGUGCCUUGAGCAUGCCUACAGGAGUAUCAGUACUGGAGAGUGCGAUGCAGCCAUCGUUGGAGGGUGUAAUUUGUGCAUGCACCCUAAUGUUUGCCUUAAUUUAAAAAGAGCCGGUUUCUUGUGCUUGGACGGAAAAACAAAAUGUUUCGACAAAAACGGCGACGGCUACGUGAGGUCUGAUUCCAUCAACGUGUUGUUUUUACAACGAGCUAAAGACGCUAAGAGAAUAUACUCUCAAAUUUACUACGCCAAAGGCAGCUACAGUUUAAAGCCGGACGCGCCAUUUAUGCCCGUCAGGGAAUCUAAGGACAUCCAGGAUUUUCUUAACGAGUUCUAUUCCGAAAUCGACGUGGCACCGCAAGAUGUAGAAUAUGUGGAAGCGUGUGGUUCAGCUAUCGCUGAAGCAGAUGCUCAAGAACUCGACGCUGUCGGUAAAGUGUUCGCCAAAGACUCAUCCAUCAAGGUUGGCAGCGUUAAGUCUAACAUGGGACACAGUGAACCGGCAUCGGGAACAAAUGCUUUAACUAAGGUCUGCUUAGCAUAUCAUAAAGGCCAAAUUCCCGCAAACCUGCACUACUACAACCCCCAAGACGACAUCCCAGAAGUCAAAGAAGGAAGAAUCCAGGUCCUUCAAGACAAUUCUAGAUUUAACAGGAGAUUUGCUGCGUUGAACUGUUUCUCGUACACUGGCACUAACAUCCAUGUCCUGCUUAAAGGACAUUAUAAACCAAAGGAUAUUACCCGUUAUCAAACCAGCCUUCCUCGAUUGGUUACAAUUUCUGGAAGACAAGAAACUGGUGUACAGAAGAUCCAGGAAUAUUUGAAGAAAAAGCCCAUCGAUCCGGAACAGAUGGCAUUGCUGCACAGCAUCCAUGAAUUCGAAAUUCCCGGGCAUUUAAGCAGAGGAUACACCAUUCUCAAUACCAAUGAGAACAAAGAAACAGUCUGCCUUUCGGAGAGUGUCAACUACUACGGUGGAACGCAUGGACCCUUAUGGUUCGUGUACAGCGGCAUGGGGUCCCAAUGGGCUGGGAUGGGUGCUGAACUUAUGAAAUUCCCCACUUUCGCAGCAGCUAUCGAAAAGUGCCGCAGGGUCCUUGAGCCGAAAGGGAUUGACAUCAUGAGAAUUAUAUGCGAUGCAGACAAGACUAUUUACGAUAACAUCCUUCAUUCCUUUGUCGGAAUCGCUGCUGUCCAAAUCGGUCUUACUGAUAUCCUGACUGAGAUGGGAAUCGUACCAGAUAAUAUCAUUGGGCACAGUGUAGGCGAGUUAGGGUGCGCGUACGCCGACGGUUGCUUCACGGCUGAAGAGAUGAUCCUCGCCGCGUACAGCCGAGGACUGGUGUCAGUGCAGACUCCGUUUAUUAAGGGAUCUAUGGCCGCCGUUGGCUUGGGCUAUAAUGAUGUGCUUCCUUUAUGCCCACCCGAAAUAGAAGUCGCUUGUCACAACAGCGCCGAGUCCGCUACCAUCUCAGGCCCCGCUGAUAAGAUGAAGGAGUUUGUUGCCAGUCUUACAGAAAAGGGCAUCUUCGCCAAGGAAGUGCCUUGCUCUAACAUCGCAUACCAUUCUCAGUAUAUAGCUGGAGCAGGUCCUGGACUACUGAAAUACUUGAGCGAAGUUAUCAAAGACCCCAUGCCACGCAGCGCAAAAUGGGUGUCCACUUCAGUACCGCAAGACAAGUGGGAUCAGCCCAUGGCUAAGUUGUCUUCUGCUGAGUACCACACCAACAACUUACUGAACCCAGUGCUAUUUGAAGAGACGUCCGCGUUAAUCCCCGAUAAGGCGGUGAUGAUAGAGAUAGCGCCUCAUGGCCUGCUCCAAGCUAUUCUGAAGAGGUCUCACAAGGAAUGCGUACACAUACCGCUGACCAGGCGCGGGCAUAAGGAACCCGUUAAGUUCUUACUGGAAUCGAUUGGCAAGAUGUACGAGUCUGGAUUGAACCCAAAAAUCGACGCAUUAUACCCAACGAUCGAAUUCCCUGUCUCAACUGAAACCCCUUUGCUCUCACAUCUUGUUGAAUGGGUACAUAAUGAAGAUUGGCCUCAAGCAAAAUACAAUCAAACUAAAGGCCUAGUUGUUGCUUCUAUUCGUGAUUUUUUCAUCUCAAUACACGAUGACGAUUACAAGUUUUUGGAGGGACACGUUCGGAAUGAUAACUUUGUGUAUCCUGAGGCUGGCAUCUUAGUCCUUGUUUGGGAGACGUUCGCGAUGCACAAAAACACUGACUACAGACAGUUCCCGGUUACAUUCAAGGACGUACAGUUUUACCAAGAAGCGCAACUGGUGGCUGAACAGCCAGUGCAGCUUCGGAUUUCUAUCCAAAAGGGUAGUCACGGUUUUGAGGUCUGUUACAACAACACCAAACUUGCAACGGGUACCAUCAUUGAUAGCAAAUCCUUAUACCGCGAAAGCCGUAAUGCUAAUACUGAAGAAACCAAUAAGGAACAUAUUGUACUUAACUCUGAAGAAAUCUAUAAAACCUUUGAUUUAGGCGGAUUCACUUACAGAGGCGAAUUUCAGUCUAUACACUCAGUGACUGCCGACGGCAAAAAAGCAACCAUAAAAUGGAAUCAAGAGUGGGUGAUGUUCUUAGAUGCUUUGAUCCAGCUUAAUAUAAUUGCGAGGGAUGGAGCUGGCAUUUUGACACCUAAAAUUAUUAAAAGACUGACUAUCAACGCAGAUGAGCAAGAGGUUCUUCCGUCUAUUGAUAUAAACGGUGAAAAAUUCUACGCCGCUAAAUACUCUAAAGUACUUAAUGUUACCACAUGCGGUGGAGUCGAGCUAGAUAAUAUCAUUUUUAACGAGAAAUCAGUAGUGGAAAAAGAGCCGGAAUACCUAGAGAUGAGGUCAUUUAUACCACAUUUCCUAACGGGCGAUGUUGACAUUAACAGAGCAUUACAAAUAAAUUUACAAGUAGUAGCCGACAACGUGGAUAACAAAGUGACUAUCACAGAAUUCGUAGGAUCCUCUUUUAGUACAAACAUGACCAAUAACAUCAAACAAGUUGCCGAUCAAAUCCCUGACUCUGAAUUUGAAGUACGCUUAGUUCAGGCUGAGAAUAUUGAACUUGAUAAUUUGAUUGGCAGAGAACUCAGUAUUGGGAAAUCAGAUUUGUUUGUUGUAUGCAAUUUGCUUGGAGAUGAGAAGAAAAUGCGAAAUCUCUACAAUAUCCUAUCAAACGACACCUUCGUCUUAGCUCUAGAGCAAGACACAACUAAAAUACAUCCCAAAUACAAACUAUUCAACAUUAUAACUGCCAUGUCAGUUCAGAAGGAGAUAUUUGUUUUACUGAAAAAGGCUGAUAUAAGGAAGGAUAAUGUAAUUUACCUGCCAAUUGCUCACGACAGCAAGUUCAAUUGGGUCCCACGGGUACUGAGCGAACUACAGAAGCCAAGACAUGUAACAUUAGUAUCUGAAAGGCAACCAUUCUGCGGCAUUAUAGGCUUAGUAAAGAAGUUAAGAAAGCAGUAUCCUAACAAGCUCAGCGUGAUCGUUGUGGACGAUUACCAUGCGCCCUCGUUCACUCCAGACCACUCGAUGUUUAAGGAGCAGAUCCAGAAGAACUUGACAUUUAAUAUCUUGAAUCAGGGUAAAUGGGGAGGCUAUUACUCCCUAUCAAGUCCGAAGUCAACUCUGACUCGCAACGUUCAACUGGCAGUUACUACACCAGGCAUGCUGGACUCGCUCACGUGGAUUGAAGCCCCCUCAAAGCCAGACAACAAAUGUUUGGUUCAGGUGUGCUUCACCUCUGCUUCAUACAGGGAUGUUCAACAAGUACAGAGAAAAAAAGACGUACAACUUGGAAUGGAUUUCAGUGGUAUUGAUAAUAGUGGCAAUAAAGUAAUGGGGCUCGUACAAGGCGGUGCACUGGCGUCCACUGUACAAGCCGACAAAAAUUUGCUGUGGCCCGUCCCCGAGCAUUGGUCUUUAGAAGACGCAGCAACCGUACCCCUACCGUAUGCCUUAGCUUACUACUGUUUGGGUAUACGAAGUCAAUUAUUACCCGGUCGGCGUGUAUUUGUAACCAGCGGAGCAGGGGCUUUGGGCCAAGCUGUCAUCUCUAUAUGUCUGGCGAAUGGCUGCCAAGUAUACACUGCGGUAAAUGAUAUUCACAAGAAACGCUUCUUGCUGAGGAUGUUCCCACAACUCAAAGAGCAUCAGAUUGGUAAUAGCCGUGACGCUGAUUCGUUGAAAAAUACGAUGGUGGACGAGCACAGGCGGUGCAAUAUCGUGGUUAAUACUCUCAGCGGAAUACAGCGAGAGGUGGUGAUGCAAGGCCUUGGAGAAUUCGGUGAGUUCCUAGACAUCAACGAUGAAGACAUGGAAGCCAACGAAAACUUCGGCAUGUACUUUGUCGUUGAAGAAAAGAACUACAGGGCUGUUCACCUUUCGACCAUUUUCAAGCCGGAGUAUUCAAAAUUGUGCAAGCAACUGCAAGCCAUGAUCUGCCAAGGAAUCGAAACUGGCGCCGUCCGCCCGCUAUCCCGCGUGGUGUAUCCACCAACAGCGAUCUCAAGAGCCUUCAGACUCCUAGCGACUAGCCGGCACAGGGGCCGCGUACUGAUCAGAAUGACUGAACCUAUCUCUCUUAGUAACGGAUUCAGCGUGACGCCUAAGAUAUGGUUUUCAUCCACACACACGUACGUAGUAGUGUGCGAUGACGACGGUGUGGGCAUUGAGUUGGCCGAUUACAUCGUAAAGAGAGGCGCGUCCAAACUUGCCAUACAUUCCAAAACAAAUGCUGUUGGAGGAUACUUCUAUACUAAGCUGGCCAAAUGGCAAAACGCCGGUGUCUCAGUUACACUAUGUUCCGAGAAUCUCCAAACGGAGAAAGGCUGCGCAAAUUUACUAAAGGAGGCGGCCAAAUUAGGUCCAAUAGAAGGUCUAUUCAUCGUUCAAGAUCCGGAUACGAUUGAGAAAACUUUGGAGCAGCGGAACUUCGUUGACAAGUUCAACAAUAGGAGUCUGGUUGUUAAUAAUCUUGAUUUGGUGUCGAGGAAUCUUUGUAGCGAAUUAAGAUAUUUUGCAAUACUAAUCCGUUCAUCAGAAAGUGCGACUGACGAAUUUGCUUCAUCAAUAGUGGACAAAAUCUGUCAAUCAAGGAAUGAGAUCGGAUUACCAGCACUGGCACUGCAUGUUGACUCAAUAAAAGUGUUUGACCAAAACACAGAGAACUCUAAGACAAAGCCGCUGGCAGUGUCGGCAGUGUUCAAAGCGCUAGAAACGAGUUUGAAACUGAAAUACAACAAUGUUGUAUCGUUCAAUUUGAAGAAGCGCGUACAUGGCGACUUCUUGCAGAAAAUUGAAAAGGUUCUAGGAGUCCGCCGAAUCGAGGAUAUCGAUGAAAAACUGACCUUAAGUAAUCUAAGUUUAUCCAGUAACAACUUGGAAGAAAUACGUUUAGUUAUAAAAGAAAUUUACGACAUAUUUAUCGCAGUUGACAAUCUGAGGAAAAUGACUAUUUUCAGUAUCAAAACAUUAGGUAACAACCUGAACAUGUAUAGAACGAGCUUCGAUAGUGGUUUAGGCGCUUUCUACACGUUUAUUGAUGGGGAUGAAUGUAUGGCAACUGAGCCUAUGGUCAAUAUGCCCACUAAAGUAGCUAACGCGGCAGAGAAAGAGGAAGAGUUGGACCCAAAGGCUACGUAUCUGAUGAUGAUACCAGGCUUCGAAGGUCACCACGAGAUGCUGCUGCCAAUAUGCCAAAGACUGAAGAUGCAGGUUCAGGUGCUGCAACUGGGCCCGGACCUAACUUACGAUAAUGUGCAACAGAUGGCACUGAAUAUAAUGAAGUUUAUGAAAAACCGAUUCGAGCUCAAGUCGAAGUUCUACCUGUUCGGUUAUUCGUUUGGCGUGAACGUAGCUUUGGAAUUAGCGGCGUUAAUUGAAAAAGAAGGUUAUGUAGGUGUAAUAUACUGCUUAGACAGCAGUCCAGAUGCAUUAAGAGCACAACUCAACGCCUACCUCGGCAACCUAUCAGACACCAAGCUACAGGACACCAUCGUCCAACACAUGUAUCGACUCAUGGCAGGCAGAGAAGACAAAGAUCUUAUAAAAGAUUUGGCCAAAACAGAGUCCUGGUCGGAAAAGAUCGAUCUAUGCUUGAAGAAGCUUAGAGGCCUAGUCCACUACUCUAACCAAUACACACGCUCAGUCCUCGAGUCAGCGUAUAGCAGAAUUCAAACAGCUAGAGCUUAUGAACCGAGUUUCAAAUUGGAGUCAGAAAUCAUUCUCAUGAAGGCCAUACCGCAUCCAAAUUGCCAAAACCUACCUGAUGAUUACAAUUUGUCGAAAUAUACUAAGCAGCCGGUAAAAAUAUUCCAUCUAGCGUCAGACCACGCGUUGGCACCGCAUGACAGUAGAGUCGCCAAUAUCAUUAACAAGCUUUUUGAACCAAAAUUGAUUGAGGAGUUCAAGAGCAAGAACGUCUGCGAGACGUAUUUGACGGAGUUAUUCAAAGUGUUUUAAUUUUAUUUAUGUUCGGCCACUUAUGUAAGGUAGUAUUAAAUUUUUGAGUUUUA